ACAGAGCAACCACCCCUCGCUGUCAGUGACGUCCCAUGAAGACGUUUUGAGCCUCCGCACUUCCUGACAUGGGCUUAUUUUACCAUACGUGUUGUGCGACCUUCUUGGCUGCUCACAGGUUUCACUGGAAACAGUGAGUGUCCCCAGUGCUGCUCGCCAGCCUCGGCGAUGCCAGUCUGAUGUGGUAGAGAAGACCAAGCGAAGGAGGCUCGCAAGGAUGAGGUUGGAGUGGUCCUCGCCUCUCCUGGGACUCCUGCUGUGUGCGGCUGGCACCGCAGCUCAGCUGGAAGAUGUCGAAGCACAGGAGGAAUUCCUGCUGGAGAUCUCCGGAACCACAGUGACAAUCACAUGUCCCUUGACUGAAGGCAGCAUAGUCUGGGAUUUAGGCGGGACAAAGCCAGCCAGCAACGAGAGGAAGUACGUUAUAGAGAACCACGACAGCUCUCCUACCAACGUGGCUUGUUCCUCAGGCAGUAAGAAAUAUCAAAUGUACCUGAAUGCCAGAGUGUGCACCAACUGUGAGGAGCUGGAUGCCUUGACAGUGACGGGGAUCAUCAUUGCAGAUAUCCUCAUCACCUUCGGGGUGCUGAUUCUGGUGUAUUACUUCAGCAAAGACAGGAAGGGGAGAGCGGGCGCUGGCGGUCGGCAGCGAGGUCAGAAGAUGCAGCGUCCUCCCCCUGUUCCAAACCCAGACUAUGAGCCCAUCCGGAAAGGCCAGCGGGAAGUCUAUGCAGGCCUGGAAUCCAGGGGCUUCUGAAAUCCCCACCGAUGAUGGGCUGGAAAACAGCUGCAGAGGAGCUAAAUGCUUCUGCCCAGCUCAGCACCAUUUCUCUGCGAGCUUGCUGAGGUCCGGGUGUUUCGAGAUAAGCCAGGUGUCUACACAGGACAGGCACUCUGCUGCCAUCCGCUAUCCCACCCCGAUGUGUUCCUCCAGCCUCCGGCUUGAUAUUAGGGAAAAGAAUCGAGCACAUUGGCAAGAGAAGUUUUCCUUCUCAUUAAAGGUCUGCAGACUCA